GCUGGUACUUCCGGUCUUGACACAUGCAGACAUGACAACAACCAUGACUAGUGUAAAUGACUGGGGUGGUAGGAUGGAAGGUCAUUUCCGGUUCCAAAUAACAGAGGAACUUAAUGGAUGGGAAUGCUUUAUCACGUUCUCCAGUCCAAUUACAAAGAUAAAUCAAUGGAUGGGCGACGAGAUUGAACAUUCAACUGAUAACUCGGUUCAUAUACUGGUUAAUCGAAGACAUACUGGUGUGAAGAAGAUAGGGGACACGUUGGAUAUCACUGUCCAGCUUGAAUACAGUGGAACAAAACCAACAGGAACAGCAGUCCUGAAAAAUCUGGGAGUUGAUACAUUCACUGUUCCCCCAUUACCAAAUAAUGAUGGUACAAAGUAUAAUUAUGAUGAAGUCCUCGAAAAGUCAAUAUUAUUUUACGCGGCGCAAAGGUCUGGCAAACUUCCGGCAGAUAACCCUAUACCAUGGCGAAAUGAUUCUGCUCUGCUUGACAAAGGACAAAAUGGUGAAGAUUUAACCGGUGGAUGGUAUGAUGCUGGAGACAAUGUAAAAUUUGGGUUCCCGAUGUCUGCUACUGUAACAAUACUUGCAUGGGGACUUCUGGAGUUCAAGGACGCCUAUUUCGCAAGUGAGGAGCUAGGAGAGAUGUACGACUGUAUAAGGUGGCCAUUAGAAUGGAUGCUAAAAUGCCACACAGGGAAAAAUGAACUUUAUGUCCAGGUUGGUGAUGGUGGAAAAGAUCAUGCAUUUUGGGGAAGACCGGAAGACAUGCAAAUGGAUAGGCCCGCAUUCAAAAUAACUGAAACUAAUCCAGGAAGUGACGUAGCAGCAGAAUAUGCUGCUGCAAUGGCUGUGGGAUCUAUGGUGUUUAAAGAAAAGGAUCCAGUAUUUUCAGCUAAGCUAUUGGCUCAUGCAAAACAGUUAUACGAUUUUGCAAAGACGUAUAAAGGUAUUUACAGCACAAGUGUUCCCGAGGCAGCCGCUUAUUACAGAUCGGUUAUGUAUGAAGAUGAACUAUCAUGGGGAGGAGCCUGGCUGUACAUGGCAACCAAUGAUUCUCAAUACCUGGACGAUGCCGAGAAAAAUUAUCAGACAGGAGCGGCUUGGGGACAAUCGUGGGAUGAUAAAAAUACAGGAAAUAUGAUUUUACUGUAUAACAUAACAAAGAAAGACAUCUACAAACAGGACUUAGAGCAGACUUUCAAGAACUGGAUGCCGGGUGGAACCGGUGGUGAUGCUUUACCUUACACCCCAAAAGGACUGGCUUUCAGACUACAGUGGGGAUCCCUUAGAUAUGCUUCUAAUAUGGCAUUUAUGGCUUUACUUGCGGCUGAAGUUGGUAUGCAUCCUACAGAAUACCGAAAAUGGGCUAAAAGUCAGAUCGGAUACGCCCUUGGAGACACAGGAAGAAGUUUUGUAGUAGGCUUCGGUGUUAAUCCUCCAUCAAGGCCUCACCACAGAGGAAGCUCGUGUCCAAUGAUGCCCGGGCCAUGUUCUGACCUAAACAAGCAGGCAGAUGCCCCAAAUCCCCACACUUUAUUUGGUGCCUUGGUUGGUGGUCCUGGACAAAGUGAUCAAUAUAGAGAUGACAGAAAUAAUUACAUAAAUAAUGAAGUGGCAUGUGACUAUAAUGCUGGAUUCCAAAGUGCAGUAGCAGGUUUGAAGUCACUGCAUCUUCGUAAUAUAUUGGACAGGUAGCCGUUCAACAUACACCCUUUAUAGAUAUCAGAAUAAACAUUUAAAGAACGAG